AAAGUGGCAUUGCUCAGAGAAUAUUCUGUGUCCUAUAGCAGAGAAAAAGGGAGAUAAAAGAAAGAGAAGAUAGAAUUAAAUACUCGUGUUGAGCACGUGGAAGCAAAGGAGUCAGCAUUUUGCAAAAGGGCUGAGAAUGGGUGCAAAAAAUAAAUGAGCUUCUGAAGUUGGUAAUCCACAAAGUCACUCAAAAGACAUGUGACUGAAUACUUCUAAAAAUUUCUUAGUGGCUGUGCUUCAGUACCGGAAAUGACCGUAGUGAUUGAAGUUCCUCAUAGCCCCAGCACAUCAAUUUUGUGUGAGGACAUGCUUCAUCAUCCCUGCUGAGUGUCUGCACUGGAAACAUGCAAGAACAUGAAGACACAGGCUUGCUGCUCCAGCCACAGCUUGAGGGACAGGAUUAUGGAGCUGCUGCAGCAGAUGGGACACAAGGUCCAUCAGUGUCUGUGUCAAGGAACAGUCCCACAAAGAGGGAUUGCCUGGUAGUUGCCGUGCUGUGCUUUGGGAAUUUAAUAAAUUUCAUUGAUUGGUUCAUUGUGCCAGGGAUCCUGUUGAAUAUACAGAAGUACUUCGGGCUUAGUGAUGGGGAGACAGGUCUAUUGCAAACAGUCUUCACCUUGUGUUACAUGCUGGCUGCCCCCAUCUUUGGAUACCUCGGAGAUCGCUACAACAGGAAAAUCAUCCUUGGAGCUGGGAUUUUCUUCUGGUCUGGUGUGACCUUAGGGAGCUCAUUCAUCACUGAGUCGCACUACAGGAUAUUUGUUCUUUCACGAGGACUGGUUGGCAUUGGCUCUGCCAGUUACUCCACUAUAGCACCUACCAUCAUUGCAGACCUGUUUGAGGAAGGAAAAAGGACCACAGUGUUAUCUAUCUUCUACAUCUUCAUUCCAGUGGGAAGUGGCUGUGGUUAUAUUCUGGCAGCUGGCGUGGCAGAAAGCACAGGUGACUGGCACUGGGCGUUCAGGGUAACUCCUUGCAUGGGAGGACUGGCACUGCUUCUCCUGAUUCUACUGGUCCCUCAUAGGAUCCAGAGAAGGACAGCAGCACACAGAGCAAGGAGCAUCUCUGGCACAAUACGAAGAGAGAUGCCAGAUGAGAAGCCAGAUGCGCACAGAACUGCCAAGACUACUUGGUGUCAAGAUGUGGGAUCACUUGUCCAGAACUGUAGUUUUGUCUGUUCCUCACUGGGUCUGACUGCCAUGGCCUUUGUCACUGGAGCCCUGGGAGUGUGGAUGCCACUGUUUCUGUACAGAGCUCAGGUUGUCCUGGGCAUUGUCCCACCGUGCCUCCAAGAAUCGUGCAAUUCAUCUAACAGCCUAAUGUUUGGAGGCAUCACCAUUGGGACAGGAAUCUUGGGUAUUAUUGCUGGGGCAGAAGCUGCAAGACGAUUAAGGAAGAUAAACAACAAAGCUGAUCCUCUGAUCUGUGCCACAAGCAUGUUCAUUUCUGCCCUGUGUCUCUACAUAGCUCUGAUGGUGGCCCAGACAAACAUCCUUUCCACUUUUAUUUUUAUUGCAUUUGGAGAACUGUUUUUGUCUGUAAACUGGGCUGUAGUGACAGAUAUACUGCUGUACGUGGUGACGCCGAGGCGACAGUCCACAGCCAUUGCCCUGCAGAUUUUGGUGAGCCAUUUGCUGGGAGAUGCAGGCAGCCCAUACCUCAUUGGGAUUAUCUCCAACGCUGUGCAGGCCAGGAACGUGCCAUCGCUGCAGUGGAGUUUCCGGAGCAUGCAGUACAGCUUUGUCACCUGUGCCUUUGUUGGGGUCCUUGGAGGAGCCUUCUUCCUCCUGACAUCUUUCUACAUUGAGGAAGAUCGGGAAGAAGCACAGAGGCUCUGAGGUACCAGCAAAGAACUGUCCCUCAAAGGAAGAUGAACUCUGGGGCGAGGCUUGCACAGAAGAAAAGGACAUCCUCCCUUUUUUCUUUCCUUUUUGCUUAAUGAGAUACAGCUGGGGAAAAGGCCAAAUCACAAUUCCUCCAUAUGGCAGAGAAUCCUGCAUACUGAC